UCUACAUUGGCUACUGUUAGUCACUUUGUAGUCGCUGUGGUGAGAUCUAUAUUGCUUGUGAUCUAUAGCUGUACCAUGCAGUGUGCGUAUGGCACUUGCCAUCUUUGGGUCAUUUUUUUAGGUUCUGUGCUGUUUUAAUAUCACCUAGAGGUCCAAGACUGACCAGACCUGCUUCUGAAGUUCUUACGGACUGAACUGCCACACUGAAACCAUGCAAGAUACCGAAACUCUACUCCAACUUCUCUGCUGUGUCGUUAUCAUGCAUCAAUUUACCGUAGUAAUCGGUGACCCCACAACAGCUUAUAACAAAUGUCAAGAUCACCAAUCACUCUGUGUCCAAAAUACAACGAAACAGAAAGAAGAUCUGGGGACGGCUGCAAAUGUUGCCCAAAACAUCUCCACCUCACCUAACGUGGCGAAAAGAGAUAAUCAUGAUGUAGCUGUCGAGAUUGACACUGUAAACAGCAGUUAUCAGUGCCUUCAUAUGAUGUCACUUCCUGUUUCACCUGUUGAUUCAGCUGGGCAGCAGAGCAGCUUCACAGGUGGGGCUGUGUCAUCAGACCCUGAUCAGGGAAAUGAACAAACCUUUAUAAAACAAUCAUGUUUUUUUGAUGCCACGUAUAAAGCAACAUCCGAAUGGACCAAAUCUUCUGAUUCAGUUCAGACCACCAAAACAACUCAGUUGUUUGUUUUUCCAGAGACCACAGACAGACUUGACUCUGAACGGAAGUCUGAACCUGUCAUGAGUGUGAGAAAUACUGAUCUGACGGCCCGUACUUAUCAUGUUCCUGAGAUGAGUACUGAUGUCAGAUCAGAGGUCAAAGAUCAGACCUUCAAGGAACCAUUGCCGACAUCACAACUAUCUGUCUCUGAUUUAAGAUAUAGAACAGAACAUACUGUGACAAAUGUCCAUCCAACUCAUAACGUCUCACAGGAUGAAUCCACCGAGGGUUCAAUCUCACCGGCAAUAGGUUCGCCUCAGAACUGGACAGCCGUAACCAUGGAAACCAGCACCGGCAGCACCUCGGUCAAUAAAGCAUCAUCACAAGAAAAGCAAGCAGAAAUCAGAGCGACUCUGGGACACUCGACACUAAAGCCAACACAGCCCGUAGCAAUUACUCAGCAAAUGUUGUUUUAUCAGCCUGAGAGUCCAGGAGAUGAACGAGAGGAACUUGAUUCUGCACUGACAGAGAAAGAACAAAAGAUUAAUACAGAUGGUUCUCCACAGGUGAAACGAGAGGAUCCCAAAACUAUUCCUGAAACAAAAACACACAGAAGUGACAAAUCGGAGACUGUUUGUGGCCCUGCUGCAUGUCCAGAAAGUCCAAGCACUGAACCAGCCAAUCAGAUGCACGGAAGCAUCCACACAGAAGACCCUGUAGUACACAGACCAGGCUUAAGAGGACCACGGGGGUAUCCAGGCCUACGUGGGUUGCCAGGUCCUCCAGGUGUAAAAGGAGAUAAAGGUUACGCAGGAGUCAUGGGCCGAACGGGUCAUACGGGAUACAGAGGACCAAUCGGACCACCUGGCAUGCCUGCAAUUAUAGUGUGGCAAACAUCAGAGGAAGAAUGGAAAGCAUUCAAGAAAAAGAAGUACUACAAGAAACUUGUGUCAUUGUGGCCGAGAGUAAAGGGAUUGCGAGGGCCUCUGGGACUACCGGGAGAUCCAGGACCACCUGGACUUUCUGGAGUUCCAGGGAAACAGGGGAAGAAGGGAAAGCCAGGGAAAAUUGGAAGAAUUGGACCUGUUGGAAUGCCAGGCACACCCGGUAUGCCAGGCCAAGAGGGCACACAUGGGGAAAAUGGGGAGACGGGCCCACCAGGACCACCCGGGAUGAAUGGUCUGAAGGGUUAUGAAGGAGAAAAGGGAUUUAAAGGGGAGCUGGGUGAGUGGGGGGAACUUGGAGAACCAGGACCACAAGGAACCAAAGGAUUAAAAGGACAGAAGGGAAAUAAGGGGGAGAAGGGCCAAGCAGGAGUAACAGGGUAUACUGGACCACCUGGACCCACAGGAGCACGGGGUUUCAUAGGAGCAUCUGGUCCACGUGGAGAGCCGGGCGGACUUGGGUUCACUGGAUCACCAGGACCCCCAGGACGUAUGGGACCAAGAGGGUUAAAGGGAGUUCCGGGUGUCAAUGGACCGCCUGGACAACUUGGUGAAAUUGGACCUAAAGGACUCCCUGGCAAAACAGGAGAAGAAGGUCCCGAUGGUAUUGUUGGUGUUUUUGGACCUCCUGGAUCACAGGGCAAACCAGGGGGAGAUGGACCACCAGGUCCAAAAGGAGACCAUGGUGAUGUGGGAAUUGAAGGAGCCAUUGGAGAUCCAGGACCACCGGGCAUUAAAGGUUCCAGUGGAAAAGCAGGAAUACGUGGGCCCACAGGUGAUCCAGGUCUAACAGCACAUCGUGGAAGGAAAGGUGAUUUGGGCGAAAAGGGAGAUCGAGGUCCUCCAGGUUUACUGGGUGAACAGGGUUUCAGAGGAAGAGGAGGUCAGUCUGGUGUGCAGGGAGAGAUUGGCCCCAUUGGUCUUGUUGGUUUUGCAGGGCCCGUAGGCUAUGACGGAGCUAUUGGAGAUUCUGGAAGACAGGGACAAGAUGGACUUAAGGGAGAGAGAGGUCCUCCUGGUAUCCAUGGUGUUCCUGGACCACGAGGUGAUAAGGGUCGGAUUGGCCAAGGUGGAUUUUCUGGUUUUCCAGGACCUUUGGGCGAGAUGGGCAAAUCAGGAGAACAAGGACCCGAAGGAGAGCCCGGUAUAAAGGGUAGACUAGGGGUCCCAGGAGGAACUGGAUUUAAAGGUCAAAAGGGACUCCAGGGUGAUUCUGGGAAUCGAGGGCAGGAUGGGAUUGAUGGUGCACAUGGAGCUGUUGGACCACCAGGAUCAGAUGGAGAUAAAGGAGCUCAAGGACCCCAGGGAUUACAGGGAACGCCGGGUGUACCGGGAAUCCAAGGUCUUUUUGGAAAAAAUGGGGAAGUAGGGAGCCGAGGUCUGGCUGGCAAACCCGGAAAGCCCGGAAUCAAGGGUUUUAAAGGCACAGAGGGUUUGAAGGGGCUUCCUGGCAGUCCUGGAGAAAAUGGUAAAAAAGGCCCAGAUGGACCAAAAGGAAUGCCUGGUUUGCCAGGUUUGCGAGGAAUACCAGGCCAGAAGGGUUACCCUGGUCCCCUUGGCCUACAGGGAAACAUUGGCCAAUGGGGUCAGAUGGGACAGUGGGGGCCAGUCGGAGAACAAGGACCCCAAGGGCUCCCUGGGCCACAUGGAGUGCCAGGUUACCCUGGCAAAGAUGGACCACCUGGACCUUCUGGGCCACCAGGAGACAAAGGAAUUAAGGGAUUAAGAGGAUCUGUUGGAUCAGAAGGAGUUGCUGGUGUCGAUGGUGAGGAGGGCCCAUUGGGGGGAAUUGGGCCAAUCGGAGAAGCGGGAAUUAAAGGAUUGCAUGGUGAGAAGGGUAAAGCAGAAUCUCAUGGUGAUCAAGGCCCAAAGGGCUUCCAAGGAGAGAUGGGAAAUCUAGGAAAACCAGGACUAAAGGGACCAAUAGGAAGAGAUGGUUUAAGUGGCUCUCCGGGGCAUAAGGGAGACCCUGGAUCCCCUGGUGAAAAAGGUCAGUCGGGUGCCAGAGGUCGCUCGGGUUUGGCAGGAAGAUAUGGUCCGGGUGGGAACAUGGGUAAAUCUGGGGGAAAAGGCAACAAAGGUCUACAUGGACUUAUUGGUGAUGCAGGAACAAAUGGGCCUCAGGGUCCAAAUGGUGCUCCUGGAUUACCGGGUUUACCCGGAAAUAAAGGAGUUGUUGGACAAAUAGGACGAUUUGGGUCGAAAGGAGAGACUGGAGAUCAAGGGAAUUCAGGGACUCCUGGGAGGACAGGACUAGUUGGAGCUGCAGGUGUACGAGGAAUGAAGGGAGAGUCUGGAGUACGAGGCAAACCGGGGCCAUUGGGUCAUCCAGGAUCUGUGGGUCCUCAUGGAGUAAAGGGGAGACCAGGACCUUCUGGACCUCCAGGGGGAAAAGGAGACAAAGGUCAACAAGGACCAAAGGGAACAGACGGUUUUUCUGGAAGAAAAGGAAUUAAAGGUGUUGCAGGAAAGCCAGGACCUCAAGGCAAUAAAGGGAAACUUGGCAAUACUGGUCUCCGUGGAAAGCAAGGACGCAGUGGAACAGAUGGACUGCUGGGAGUUGUGGGAACUGAGGGAGAUCCAGGUGAUAUUGGAUUUAGAGGACCUCCGGGUAGAGCAGGUGAACUGGGUAUUGCUGGUGCCCCGGGAAUACCAGGUUUGCAAGGGAAGCAAGGACUUUCUGGACCAAAGGGCCUUAUAGGAUUGAAAGGUAAACCCGGACCCAAUGGGCCUGUAGGGCCAAAGGGACUUUUAGGACUUACAGGUGAAAAGGGAGAUGUUGGUCAGAAAGGACCACAGGGCUCUACUGGUAUCAUAGGAUUGCAAGGGCCUGUUGGUCCACCAGGAAACAAAGGAAAACAAGGCGCUCCAGGGCACAAGGGCCAACCUGGGCCCAAAGGCAUACAGGGUGAACCUGGUUCUCGUGGUCCUCCUGGUGGUCCAGGAUCCCAUGGUUUAUCUGGUCCUUCUGGAAAGAAGGGUUCAAAAGGUGUUAUGGGAUUACCAGGUAGAAAAGGCGUGAAAGGUCAGCGAGGACAACCUGGGACACCAGGCAUUGGCCAGAAGACACCAAGGGAACAUAUUCCACCAAGAGGAUCACAAAAUAAAGCAACAAUGUUCUCCAGAAAGCCUCGCUUUGAUGAGAAUGAUCAAGAGAAUGAGGAAGAUAGCAGUGCACACAGCUGGUCUCUGGGUACUAAAAACAACCCUGCGACAACCUGCAGAGAGCUGAGUCUCAUCCACCAUCCUCUGAAAGACGGUCAUUACUACAUUGAUCCUAACCAAGGAUGUCCAGCUGAUGCUCUGCGUGUCUUCUGUAAUUUUACCGCUGGUGGUGUUACCUGUGUGUCUCCUGUCCAGUCUAAUAUUUCAGGAAUAAGGCCGUCGGUGGACGGAUCUAAGAAGUGGUUUAGUGAACUUCAAAGAGGCUUUAGGUUUGAGUACAAGGAUCUAGAUGUAGUCCAACUGCGAUUUCUGGUCUUACACAGCAACUCAGCCACACAAAGCAUCAAGUUGUUGUGUCCCAAAGAUCACAGGAUCACCGCUGAACACGGUGGUCAAAUCAAGAAGAUGUUACACUUACGCGGAGACUCCAAUGAGGAAAUUGAUCCAUCCCACAUCAUCAUAUCAAAACAUGACUGUGAGGUAGUGAUGCAGGUGAGAACUGUGUGUAAUUCGGAGCUCCACAGGGGAGACAUGACACCUCUUCCAAUAAGAGAUGUUUCUGUAGAAGUCACAGGAGAGAACUGGGAGAAAGAUGUAAGCAUUGUUCUGGGACCUUUAUGCUUUUUAUAGUCUUUUUCCAUAAUAGACGACACUCAUAGAGCAAACAUGAGGAAUGUGCAUUGAAAUGAUUGUGUGUGUUUACAUUACGGUCAUGGAUAUCCUGAACAAACACAAUGUUCUUUAUGUUUAUUAUGGCAUUCUAAUAAAUUUGUUAUACAUUGAAAGUGGUUCACUCGUUUUGUGAAACGAGAAUGUCAGGUAUUUAGUCUUGUGUGUCAAUUGGUUGUAUUUAUGAUAUUCAUGUGUUAUUUGUGAACCUGUCUGUGAAAACCAGGGUAAAAUCUCCCUUAUAAUCUAAUUAUGAGAUUAGGAGCAUCAAAGUUUGAUUUCACAUUGGUUUCACAUAGGUUUCAAUCUUUGACAUGGCCUUACUCAGACUGUAGUAAAGAUAUCAUGAUUAUAUUUUACAGAAUGUUCUUUACAUUAUGUAGGAUGAGAAAACAGUAAAUCACAUAAAAAUUACCUUUGCUGGGUUUUUACACUGGAUCUCAGUUAUGCAAGAUUGUAUUGGAAUCGCAUACAAAAUAAUUUUUUUUUUUUUUGCAUAAUGUAUGUGUGUGUAUUGUGUGUCAUUUUUAUGUAUUUUUAACCACACACACAUUCAUGUAAUAAUUUUAGAUUUUUUUUUAUUUAUAUAUCACUUUUUACAUUUGUGUGGUGUGUGUGUGUGCGUGCGUGCGUGUGUGUGUGUGUGUGUACACACUCAUAUAUUAUGCCAAAAUCCCUUUUAUUUUGUAUCGAUUAAUCGCGAUUAAUCUUUGCCCAGCACUAAAGAUGUAUUUUUAGAUUUUUUUUAUUUAUACAUCACUUUUUACAUUUAUAUAUAAUAUAGAAUAUAUAUAAAUACAUACGUGUGUGUGUGUGUGUGUGUGUGUGUGUGUGUGUGUGUGUGUGUGUGUGUGUGUGUGUGUGUGUGUGUGUGUGUGUGUGUGUGUGUGUGUGUGUGUGUUGUGUAUUUAUAUAUACAUAAUAAUUACACACAGCACACAUUCAUAUAUUAUGGCAAAAUCCCUUUUAUUUUGUAUCGAUUAAUCGCGAUUAAUCUUUGCCCAGCACUAAAGCUGUAUUUUUAGAUUUUUUUUAUUUAUAUAUAACUUUUUACAUUUAUAUAUAAUAUAGAAUAAAUAUAAAUACAAACAUGAAUGUGUGUGUGUGUGUGCGUGCGUGCGUGCGUGCGUGUGUGUGUGUGUUUUGUGUAUUUAUAUAUACAUAAUAAUUACACACAGCACACACUCAUAUAUUAUGCCAAAAUCCCUUUUAUUUUGUAUCGAUUAAUCGCGAUUAAUCUUUGCCCAGCACUAAAGAUGUAUUUUUAGAUUUUUUUUUAUUUAUAUAUAACUUUUUACAUUUAUAUAUAAUAUAGAAUAAAUAUAAAUACAUACAUGAAUGUGUGUGUGUGUGCGUGCGUGCGUGCGUGCGUGUGUGUGUGUGUGAAUUUAUAUAUACAUAAUAAUUACACACAGCACACACUCCUAUAUUAUGCCAAAAUCACUUUUAUUUUGUAUCGAUUAAUCGCGAUUAAUCUUUGCCCAGCACUAAAGCUGUAUUUUUAAAAUGCUGUUUUUUUGGCAGUCUGCAAAAAUUCUUUUAAAAACAAAACUGAUAUAAAAUAUUAAAUGAGCAUUGGUAUUUUAUUUAUGUUUCACUAUUUUGUUUCUUCUAAGAAAUGUAUAAUGUAAAAAUACCCCUGUUGUAUUUUGCCACCUUUGUCAAUACUGCAAUAAACAAACCAUG